AUGAUACCUCCAGAGCCGCCUUGGACGCCUUCACUGAGCAGUGCAACCAAUCUUGCUCCAUUGCCGCCGCCUACAGAGCCACCUCCAACCACAGAAGAAGGAGCCAUGCUCAAGGAACUGCUGUCAGCCUUGAAGAAGUCUUCAGCAGAACAAGAUCCAGAAGUCAAGGCGAUUGUCCAAAGGUCCACACUGAAAGAAGGGCAAGGAGCUGCUCAAACGCUCUAUUCAGCUGUGGACGAUCUCACAAUGGCCAGGGAGGCACUGGAUUGUGCACGACUGGCCAGACACAAUCUUCACAUCAGAUGGAGAAACUUUCUGACAGAUGCGGUUGCACGAUGGCAAAAACACACAACCGACUUUCAGAAAGAAGAGCAGGAUUUGUCCGAACAAAUCGAAGCAGCACGACAGGCCCUUGUACAGGCUGUCAAGAGAUUCGAAGAGUCCAAGACAGAACUGGGAGAUCAAGCGGUUCAUGUGGACGCCGAAGCUGCGAUGAACGAGGAUUCGGACAAUGUGGACAAGAAUGCUGUGGGAAUGGCAUUGCAAGAAAGUCUGACGACAAUGUCACCUCAGCUGCAAUCCCUACAGGCCUCAGCGGAGGCAAUGGUCACAGAAGAGGCCAACUCCAACAAACGUCAGAGGACGGAUGGAGGGGAUGGAAGAACAUCAGUUGCAUCAGGCUCUGGAGUGCACGAUGGAUUGCCGUCUGCUACUGCGCCUGCAAUGCAGCCAUUUGCCGACCGAAAGAAGCCUUUUAUCCAGCCCGACAAGCAGACUUGGUUCACAGACAUUCUUUCUGCGUGGCGAGACAAAAAUGAUCCGAAUGAGGAUACGAUUUUCAGCAUCGUAUAUCCCAAUCCGCCGAGAAGCAUCGCUGCCAGAAGAGGUGUGUGGGAUGAAAUCCUAUUUGACAUCAUCAUCGCACAAGGGCUUGAGGCUCCACGCAAAGCAGGCCUUAUUUCUGUGCUGCAACGUGAUGACCCAAAUGGAAGGGUCCGUUAUGCUCUUGCUGCAUCCUUGCCGGAGGAACUUAGUGGAUACCAAAUUGUGCAAAGCAGUGAAAUUUUACAUGAAUGUAAUACUUUCACAUGCACUAUCAAACAUGGAAUGAUGACAAUACCUUUCACGAAAGCACCAGUUCAUCUCAUGCAAGAUGGUGACUCUUUCACGGUUGCUAGUCGCACUGGUGCAACUGGUGGUGGAGCCUCCAGUAGCUCAAUGCCUCAAAGUGCCGCCAUGAGUGCUGACGAAGCAAUGAAUCCUGAAAGUGGUGAAGAGGAACCAGAGGACUCUGAUAACCCAGCCUUGCAGUCAGAUCAAUCGGAAUCAGACAGUUUGCAAGGUGUGCACAUUUUCAGAUUGGGACACCAGCAAGUUUUCAAUCGAUUGAGAUGGGACACUGCAGAUCACAUUUUGCAAGAUGCGGCAAGGUCUGUGAAUGUGCCGCCUGCACAUUGUGUGUGUUUCCAUUAUUUGCAAGCAUGUCCCGAUGAUCAGGAAGUGCAACAAGAAGCCAUUAUCCUCCAACAUAUCAACGACAUUGCGCCAGGAUCUACCGAAAAAUUGAUUCUCAUGGACAUUGAGAUGCAUGCGGCAGGUUUGACAGGUGGCAGCAAUCUCCAAGCACCACGCAUUUUGAGGCAGAUUCACAAAGUGGUACCAGUUCUAACCAGAACACAAUUCCUGCACAUCGCCAGGGUCUCGGCAUAUUGUGAAUGGAUGGUGAAUGGAUGUUUUGUUUUCUGUAACAGGGUUCUGUGGACUUCACAGGACCAAGGGCCACGUAGAAUUGCGCAUGGCAUGUACAUCAGAAUCAUCAUACCACCGCCACCAGAUGGUUCAUGGGAACUGGCACACACCUUGCGAGUUUUUGAAGAAACUGCUGACUUGAUCGGAAAACCAGAGGCUUUUCGACUUGCUGCUGAAAUUUUGCAAAACACCUAUGCUCAGCCUGCGGUUGUUUCAGAGGCUAAUAGCCAACAAACAGCCAUGAAUGUUCCAUGCCAGCACAAAGGUGCGGACCUAGGACCCUAUGACAUCGACGUGCCAAUCACAAACCCACCCAGGGCUUACCAGAGACGCAUUGUCACGUUGUAUGAAGAUUUUGACAGCUGGGAACAAAGAAUCAAGAACGCAUGGCAGGAUGAAGCACCAGAGCAUUGUUUGGACCUUGGUAUUGAUCUGGAAUCCCUCGAGAAGUUUUUCCGCACUGGAGAUGAUGUCUUAUGUCAGUGGUAUAGCCAUCUGGACUUGCCGGAAGCUAUGGGAAGAGCUGGAUGCAAUGAUGACAACCCAACAUUUGAGGCACUACGGAGUGUAUUCCAGGCUUUACAGGCGGCAUUGCCUCCUGACUGCUUAGAUGCGCAGCAUGUGAGGGGGCAUGCAGGUGAUCCUUGGAAUGAAAUGGCUGACUUUCUUGCGAAGUCAGAAGCAGUACAUGGGCACAAAUUGAAACGACAGCCGGUCAACCUGCAACAGUGGAAAACUGUGCUGCCAUAUCUGUGGCAAAAACAGGGCAAGAAGAAGCAGUAUUUGUCAGCUGAAAUAUGGGACUACCGGAUCGCCAAACUCCAUUUGCGAAGACGCUUGCAGAAUGCCCGAGACUCGUAUGCUGACGUAGUGUUCGGCCUACUAUGGGCCCAAUUGCUCCGGCGUUACGAAGAACAGCUUGUUGCCCAUGAUGUACUGGAAGUGAUUCCAGUUCACGAUUUGCCCAGCCUUGGUGACCAAGUCGAUGUGCCCCAUGAGAAGGUCCCUUUCAUAGGGCCAACUUGGAUGGACGACUUGAACGUCUGCAUUGCCGCAGACUCCAACCUUGGCCUUGAACGCAAAGCAGGGCUGGCAAUGAGCUUGUUGCUUGACCAAUGCCGAGAAAUGCACAUGGAACCCAAUCUACGCAAAGGAAAAACUGAGAUCAUGUUCACAUUUAGGGGCAGCAACUCCAGAGAGUUCAGAAGGAAAUAUUUUUCCGGUGCACAAGGCCUGACUGUCGUGGGUGAACAUGACACGGUGCAAGUUUCCGUUGUGAGCAGAUAUUUGCACUUGGGGGGUAUUCUUCAUCACCGUGACAUUGACCGUGUUGAAGUGUCCCGCAGAUUAGCUAUUGCCCACCAAGCUUUCACUGCACACCGAAGGAUCCUUUAUCACAAUUGCAAAAUCCAAUGGAAAAAGCGCCGUGAAAUCUUUGUGACCUUGAUUCUCAGCAAAUUAGUAUACGGUUUGGAAUCAUGGACGCUGAAGUCCCAAAAAGUGAAAAUGCAAUUCCACAGUGGUGUGAUGAGCUUGUACAGAAGGUUGUUGAAGUUGCCUCAUGACAUGCACAUCACGGAUCUUCACCUUUUGGCACGUGCAGGAUUGCCAUCCCCUGGCGAAUUGCUCCGGAGCAGUCGGUUGAGGUAUUUUGGCACAUUGCACCGAUGCGGACGUGCGGCCAAUUGGGGAGUCAUUGCUGAAGACCAUGACUGGAUUGCACUCAUUCAAGAUGACAUCCAAUGGCUCUGGUCCCAGGUUUCAAACACCACGGAUUUGAAGGACCCUGUGGACCAUUAUCCAGUCUGGAAAGACCUGCUCACAUUCCACAGCUCAUAUUGGAAGAAAUUGGUCCGAAGAGGCAUCGCCCAUGCCAUCGCGCAGAGAGACAAUUACGUGAUUGCGCUUGAUUUCCACUGUAGCAUUGGUAGCAUUCUGCAUGAUCACGCUUGGGUCGCUGAGUUGCCUGCUGAUGACACUCGAACAGUUCCCAGCGAGGCAUAUGGAUGCAUGUGCUGCCAACAAAGAUUUCUCACCCAUGCUGGCGAAAGUGUCCACAUGUUCAAAAAACAUGGGCGUGUAGCGCCAGCAAGAUCCCUAUUUGAUGAAACGCACUGUCCAGCAUGCCUCCGUGAAUAUCACACAAGGGCGAAGGUAUUGGCACAUCUUCGUCACGCUGACCGUUGUCGUUGCGCACUAAUCGGUCAGCGCAUGCAAUGUGCCAUUGUACCUGGCACUGGGUCAUCGAUUGACCGUGAACUGGAGAAUAGCAUGGAUGGCGCAUUGCCUUUUCAACAAGCUUUUGGUCCUCAGCGUCCAAAUGUGAGACAGGCAGACUUUGACCAACACAACAUCCGUUUACUGGAAGAUCUGUAUCUUGCUCUCCUAGAAGUCACAUCCACCGAUGACUUGGAGCAGGUCAUCAGGACAGAGAUCGGCAAACACCCUGUUGGCUGGACAGUUUGUCGUUUGACUUUGCUGCAUUUUCUUGAUAUUUUCACCGAGCAAGAUGCAGAGGUCUUAGCAUUUUCCUUUGACGCAGUUCGCCGUUGCAUUGAGAUCCUCGCAAGAGAUGAUGCGUGGCCUUUUUUGCAAAUGCAAUGUGUCAGGGAGGGCAGUAGUGUGACCCAAGAUAUCAGUGUAUGGGAAGCAUGGUUUGCAGAAUUUGCAUGCGAGCCCCCUGCAUCAUGGAAGCUCCUACAGCCAUUGCCAAGAUCGUUGAGCAAGCAGAAGAUCAUCCUUCAUGCUUAUGCCGGGAGGAGACGACGCGGUGACAUUGAAUGGUAUGUUGAUGCAAUGGCCGCUCGUUAUCCAAGCCAUGUCAUUCAUGUCGCCUCGGUUGACAUCGUGAUUGAUGCCACAUUCGGCGACAUUUCCAGAGAACAGACAAGAUCUUCUUGGAUUGGUCAUAUUUUGCAAGGACACGUUAUAGGAUUUCUGGCGGGCCCGCCGUGCAAUACUUGGAGCCGAGCACGACACCAUGUUAUUGCUGGCGUCAGAGGACCAAGAGUUGUCAGAACCCCUCAGGAGCCGUGGGGAAAGGAAUCCUUGAGCUUGACCGAGCUCCAACAUGUGAGCAUCGGGAACCUAUUGCUUGGAUUUGCGCUUGCUUGCCUCACCGCCUUAGCCGUGAGAUCCGGCACGGGACUUGUUGAGCACCCCAAAGACCCCGAGAAAGAUGAGAUGGUGAGUAUUUGGCGGCUGCCGGUUUUGCGUGCGAUUUUGCAGCUCCCAAAUGUUCGCCUUGUCCACUUGGCCCAGGGGUUAUUCGGCGCGCCUUCAGCAAAGCCGACGACGCUGAUGGUGCUCGGCAUGUCCACACUGGAAAGGUUCUUGCGUGCGAACAGAGUGACACGGGAGAUCCCGAACGGUGCCUCUGUGGGUAAGGAUCAGAAUGGCCAAUUCAAGACAUCCCCGCUGAAGGAAUAUCCUCCAGCUCUUUGCAAGGCAAUAGCCGAAGCACUGUGCAUGGACAUUGUCAGCACGAAGUGCGACGAAUCAGAAGUGCCUGCUGAUUUGGUCGAACGUUGUAAAGCUAUGACCUGUCAGUUUUUUGGCACUUACAUAGGCCCUGACAGCUAA